ACAAUUCCCAGGAAAUCCAUUCCCUGGUGCCCAGAAUUCCCGGGAAAUCCAUUCCUGGCUGCCCAGAAUUCCCGGGAAAUCUCAUUCCCGGGCUGGCCUCAGCAGCCGAUCCCGCUGGACUCCCGGAUUUCGGGACGAUCGCUGGGGAUCUCCCGGCUGAUCCCGUUUUUCCCAGCACAGGAUGAGAAGAACCAGAUGAUGACCACCAACGUCUGGCUGAAGCAGGAAUGGAGCGACUACAAACUGCGCUGGGAUCCGGCCGAGUACGACAACGUCACCUCCAUCCGCGUGCCCUCCGAGAUGAUCUGGAUCCCGGAUAUCGUCCUCUACAACAACGCCGACGGUGAGUUCGCGGUGACGCACAUGACCAAGGCGCAGCUCCUGUGGGACGGCACGGUCACCUGGGUGCCGCCGGCCAUCUACAAGAGCUCCUGCAGCAUCGACGUCACCUUCUUCCCCUUCGACCAGCAGAACUGCAAGAUGAAGUUCGGCUCCUGGACCUACGACAAGGCCAAGAUCGACCUGGAGAACAUGGACCACCAGGUGGACCUGAAGGACUACUGGGAGAGCGGCGAGUGGGCCAUCAUCGACGCCACCGGCACCUACAACUCCAAGAAGUACGACUGCUGCACGGAGAUCUACCCGGACAUCACCUUCUGCUUCGUCAUCCGCCGCCUGCCGCUCUUCUACACCAUCAACCUCAUCAUCCCCUGCCUCCUCAUCUCCUGCCUCACCGUCCUGGUCUUCUACCUGCCCUCCGACUGCGGCGAGAAGAUCACGCUCUGCAUCUCCGUCCUGCUCUCCCUCACCGUCUUCCUGCUGCUCAUCACCGAGAUCAUCCCCUCCACCUCGCUGGUCAUCCCGCUGAUCGGCGAGUACCUGCUCUUCACCAUGAUCUUCGUCACCCUCUCCAUCAUCAUCACCGUCUUCGUGCUCAACGUGCACCACCGCUCGCCGGGCACGCACGCCAUGCCGCGCUGGGUGCGCCGCCUCUUCCUGGAGCUGCUGCCGCCACGCAUCCUCAUGAGGAGGCCGGUGCCGGCCGAAGGGGGCGGGGGGCGGUACGAGCCGGCCGGGAGCGGGCUGAGCACCUCCCGCUGCUGGCUGGAGACCGACGUGGAUGAGGAGGAGGAGGAGGAGGAGGAGGAGGAGGAAGAGGAGGAAGAGGAGGAGAAGAGUUAUCCCGGCCGCCCCGGGGAAUCCCGGGAAAGGCAAUUCCGCUACAACCGAGCCGGGAAAGGCUCCGGGGGCUCGGCGGGGCGAGGCUCGUCCAAGGGGGGGAAGAAGGAGGAGGAGGAGGAGGAGGAAGGCUCGGAGCGGGGCUUGGCGCUGUCUCCCCGGAUCCUGAAGGCGCUGGAAGGGGUGCAGUACAUCGCCGAUCACCUGCGGGCUGAGGAUGCCGACUGCUCCGUGAAGGAAGACUGGAAAUACGUCGCCAUGGUGAUCGACCGGAUCUUCCUCUGGAUCUUCAUCAUCGUCUGCCUGCUGGGCACCGUGGGGCUCUUCCUGCCGCCCUACAUGGCCGGGAUGAUCUAGGACCCGCCGGGAAUAUCGGGAAUAUCGGGAAUAAUGGCUGGGAGGGACACGGAGCCCUGGAAAAGCUCCCGUGGGAAUGGAGGGUGGG